AUGGGAGUUUUGAGGAGAUACUUUGAAUGCGACAACGUUAAAUGCAAAAACAAAUGGUCCAGCAUCGCUUAUCAGAUGGAUGAGCAGCAAUGUCCUGAAUGCAAAAAAAUCUGUCAUUUUGUAAAAACAAAGCAAAAAAAGAAGAAUGGAUUUCUAAUUGGGACUUAUGUUUGCAAAGGACGAAAGGGCAAAAAGUGCGGCCGAGAGUGGAAAUCAGCUGUUGCUUUCAAAGGUUCCUGGCAAAUGUGCACUAGAUGCCAGACACGCUGUCACCCGGAUCACGUUUUUGAACACGAUUAUGAGGAUGUCACGACUGUAGCUUCGAUUUCUUCUGAAAUUGCGAGCGUCAAUAUUGAUGACAACAAUAAUGAGAGAACAUCAAAGGCUGGAGGUAGCUCAGUGGCAAAUCAAGAAGCAUCGCCAUCUACUCAAAAUAUGCCUGCCACAAGUGAAACUACUGGAAACAAGGAAGAAGACGAAUCUCAUCUCCCCAAGCGUCAAGUUCAAAAUGACAGGGGUCACAUCAUGGCUAACUGCGGCGAAUGCAUUUUUCUAGGACAGUGCUGCGUAAAAUACUACGAGUUCAUAAGAAAUCCCGAAAAAGAAAAGGCUGCAAAAAAGAAAGCUGACAAGCUCCGACCAAUGCUGAAGAUAAAAAUGUACGAAGAGCAAAAUAUUCAUAUUGCUCUUGUAAAAAAUAUGAUGGGAGGGGACGAGCAAAAGGCGAUGCUACAGAAGAUCGACGAAGAGGGCCUUCCAUCAUCUGGACCCGAAGAUGAAAAUCCACCUCCACAGCCCCCAGCCCAUAAACGACGAUAUCGAAAGCGAAAAUCGAAGAAGCCAAAAAAGCAAGAGUGA